UAACAGUUUUUAUUUUUUUAAACUCAUAAAUGUAUUACUAAUUUAAUAAAUAUAUAUUAAUUUUUGCAGAGGACAUGACACAAAGAGUGGAAAGUAUGACGCUGGAGGAGAAAGAUGCUGCUGUACAACAGUUGAUGCAACAAAUGUUGCAUCAACAAGAAAAAUUGGUACAAAUGCAGCAGCAGCUGCAUUUGUUAAUAAGUAGUGGUGCAACAACGCAGCAGCAGCAGCAGCAAAAUACAAACACAGAAAAUAUCCAAGAGCAGCAGCAGCCGGAGGAACAAACAAGAGAAAAAAGGAGAGGAGGCGGAAAGUCUCGCGCUCGCUGGUAUCACCAGCGAGGUGGAAGAAGUGAAUGGGGAGGCAGAGGUGGAUGGGGAGGCAGAGGUGGAUGGGGAGGCAGAGGUGGAUGGAGCGGCAGAGGUGGAUGGGGUGGCAGAGAUGGGUGGGGACCGAGAGGUGGCCAGGGCGGAAGAG